GAAAAAGCUGCCAUCUUCCACAACAGCACCAUCAUCAUCCGCCACCUUCACCUUCACCUUCACCUUUCGCCACCAACCAUGGCAGCUUCUGCAGCGGCGGCUAUAGGCUCCUCAUUCUCUUCCUCCAUCAACACUCUCAAGUGCCUUCGUUCAUCCAAGAACUUGCCCUCUGAACCCCUUCUAAGAAUUUCAUCAAACCGCGUGUUAGCGUCGGUGUCACUAUCGCACUUGGUGGAACCACUUUCCUUUGAUACCAAUGUCAACAAGUUGUGGGUUUCAAGGGUUUCGACACAAGAAGAGCUUGUAGUGGUUGAUGAGAUUGAUGCUGGUUUAGUUGAAGAGAACAAGGAGGGAGAAGAGGAAGUGGUAGAGGAAGGAGAGGCUGAAGAAGGCUCUGUCAACACGAAGCUUUAUUUUGGAAACUUGCCUUACAGUGUUGAUAGUGCACAACUUGCAGCGAUUAUUCAGGAUUAUGGUAGCCCAGAACUCAUUGAGGUUCUUUACAACAGAGAGACUGGAAAAAGCAGAGGUUUUGCAUUUGUUACAAUGAGCAGUGUCGAAGAUUGCAAUGCAGUGAUAGAAAACCUUGAUGGAACUGAAUUCCUGGGUCGAAGCCUGCGAGUGAACUUCUCUGACAAACCUAAACCAAAACUGCCCUUGUAUCCUGAAACUGAACACAAGCUUUUUGUUGGGAACUUGUCAUGGUCUGUAACUUCUGAGAGUCUGACUCAAGCUUUCCAAGAAUAUGGACGUGUGGUUGGAGCUAGGGUCUUAUAUGAUGGGGAAACAGGAAGAUCCCGUGGUUAUGGCUUUGUUUGCUAUUCAACCAGAUCAGAAAUGGAAGCCGCCCUUUCAUCCAUGAAUGGAGUGGAACUGGAAGGACGGGAAAUGCGUGUAAGCUUGGCUGAAGGGAAACGAUCACAAAGUCAAUAGAAAUUGAAUGAGGCUCUAAGAUUUUUACAAAUAGUGCCUAAGAAAUUAGGAAAGGAGGCCUUUAGCCCUGUACACCAAUCAUGAUCCAUUUGCUUCAGUUGGCUGAGGAAUUCCUUUUGCAUCUCUUGCUGUCUAAACAUUAUUUCCGCCCAACUCGAAGAUAGAUUGUUAAUAUUCUGUGCAACAUCUCUUGCUAAUGCCAACACUGAUUACGUUUUGAUUCCAUGUGGGUUCAUAUAAAGUCGUGCAUACUGAAUCACAUAUUCAGAACACAAUGUACAAUCUGUCUUGAAUAUCUGAGUUUCCGAGGAAGGUGUGAAGUUAACUCCAA